AUGUCUUUUUGCAACAUAAGUGAAUUCCCCAGUAACUUGAGAACCUUAGAGAAUUUGGAGUAUUUAGAUCUUUCCAACAAUAAAAUUCAGGGUCGGAUUUUGAAAUCUGAGUCGAGAGGAAUUAAGAAUUUGGAUUAUCUGAAUCUUUCCCAAAAUUUCCUGACGUAUAUAGAGGAUCAUCCUUGGAGGGAUAUUCGAACUCUUGAUCUUUCAAACAACAUGCUCCAAGGAUCACUUUUUGAUCCACCACCUAUUUGCAAUUUGAGUUCCCUUGAGUAUCUUUCCUUGUCUAAUAACAAUUUGUAUGGAAGAAUUCCACAAUGUUUCGGGAACAUGGGGGUUGUUAUGUUGCACCUGCAGAAGAAUAAUCUUCACGGUAGCAUUCCUGAUACAUUUGCAAAUGGAAGUUCGUUGGUGAGUCUUGAUCUAAGUGGAAAUGAGUUGGAAGGGCGUUUGCCUAGAUCCUUGGGAAAUUGUAGCCAACUGGAGGUUAUGAAUGUCGGAAAUAACAAGAUAAGUGAUAUAUUUCCUUAUUGGUUUGGAACUCUUUGGAAUCUGAAAGUUAUUGUCUUGAGGUCUAAUAAAUUUUAUGGUCCCAUACAGGAUUCCAAAACUCUAUUUCAUUUCUCCAACUUGCAGAUUCUAGACCUCUCUCACAAUGAAUUCAAAAGUUUUUUGCCCAGAAAUUUGUUUGAAAAUUUGGGAGCAAUGAUGCUUAUUUCGAAUAAUGAAUCUGACGUCAGAUAUAUUGGAGAUGAUUAUUAUAAAGAUUCCGUAGUUGUGACAAUGAAAGGGCGGGAUAUUGAAAUGACUAGGAUACUAACGAUUUUUACAUCCAUUGAUCUGUCACACAAUAAUUUUGAGGGAAAGAUUCCUGAAAUUCUUGGAAACUUCAAAUCACUCAUAGUGCUCAAUCUUGCUCACAAUAGCCUAACAGGUAAUAUUCCAUCUUCAUUGGGGAAUUCAAUUGCUCUUGAAUCAUUAGAUCUCUCUUCAAACAAGCUUGGUGGAAGAAUUCCUGUGCAAUUGGAAAGUCUUACAUUCCUCUCUUUAUUAAAUCUUUCCCAUAAUCAACUUUCGGGACCCAUCCCUCAAGGCGGUCAAUUUGAGACAUUUGAAAGUGAUUACUUCAUCCGGAACAAAGGAUUGUGUGGAAGGCCAUUGCCAACGAAAUGCAACAAUGAUCCGAGGCCGCAAUUACCACCUGCAUUUUCAGAAGGAGAAGAUGAUAAUUCAAGUGAAUUUGAUUGGAAAAUUGCGAUGAUGGGUUAUGGAAGUGGGGUGGUGAUUGGUUUGUCCAUAGGAUACAUUGUAUUCUCAACGGGUAAACCUAGGUGGCUCGUAAGAAUGGUUGAAGCCAGAGUACAAAAUAUUGUUAGAAGAACUGGAAGGUAG